AUGACCAAUAUACUCACCGUCCUCCCUGACUUCGACGUCGCGCCAUACAGCCACAUCUUGCCCUCGCUCGAGAAGGCGCUCAUCUCUGCAGCGGAUCUGCUCACCCUCGAUGCCCUCGAUGUGGCCAAGCGAGCGCAGGUACCUCCAGGCGAGGUGAAGAAGCUUGCAGACACACUCGUCGCUGCUCUCCAUCAAAGUGCUGCAGCUGCUUCCAAUGCGUCUCGAGAGGGAGCAGAUGACACAUGGUCGGGACUGGACAGCGGCAAAGAUCUCGCCGACAGAUGGGCGACCAUCAGCACCCUGGACGACACGCUGGAUGCAUCACUGAAUGGAGGGAUCGCGCUUGCUCAUUUGACUGAGAUCGUUGGUGAGAGCGCGGCUGGCAAAACACAGUUUCUGCUUACUCUCCUGCUUUCUGCUCAGCUUCCCAUCACAACAGGCGGAGGAAAGCCACAAUCGAGAUCAGUUCUGUACAUCUCUACUGAAGCUCCACUGCAGACCACCCGGCUCAACCAGAUAUUACAAUCACAUCCGAAACUUCUUGAGCUAGAUGCGAAGGAGCGUCCUUCUCUGAGCAAAGUCCACAGUACGCACAUACACGAUGUGGAAGCCCAGGAGCAUAUAUUGCGAUAUCAGGUCCCCGUGGCGAUAGAGAAGCACAACGUCGGCCUCCUUGUCGUUGACAGUAUUGCGGCUAACUACCGAGCUGAAUUCGACAAGGGAGUCAAGGCGAAAAGUGCCGAAACACUGGCAGAGCGUAGCAACCAGCUGGCACAUAUCGGAGCACUUCUGCGUGGCCUGGCUCGAACACACAACAUCGCAGUAGUGGUCGCCAACCAAGUCGCCGAUCGUUUCACCACCAUUGAACCAGCGCCGGGGAUCCACAGCCAAUCUACACAGCAAAGUCGCCCAGGCACUCCAUCUCGGUCCACGAACCUGCCACAGAAUACCGCAGCUGCCGAUUCAACGCCAUCAGUGCUGUCUAUCGAUGACCCUCUGUCACUGGAUCAUCAACAACGCUUCUUCACAGGUUGGGGAGACGAUCCUACAAGCACGAACAUGAAGACUCCCAGCCUGGGUCUCACUUGGACGAACCAGCUAUCAGCCAGAAUAGCUUUGUUGAAGAGACCAAUCUACGCGGACAGAGCGUAUCGACCUGGCGAGGACCGAGACGUAGCUGGAUGGCAUCGAGCAUGCAAAGUCGUCUUCAGCGCAUGGUGUGGCGAAGGCAAGACAGAUUUCGAGAUCUGGCAAGGCGGAAUAAGAGAUGUACAGACCAGCAAAGAGCUGAAAGAAUGA